AUGUCCGCGAUUCAAAAGAACUCGGGCGUUUCGCCGGGCAAAGAAAGCACAAAACAAGAACCAGCAAAUGGCUUCUCUUCAGAUAUAUCUUUUAGUUUUGACCAUAAUUCAGAGUUAGACCCUCGUCUUUUACGGGCCUUAUCAAAAUUAAAUUACGUCAAGCCGACUCUUAUUCAAGAAAAAGCUAUACCACUUGCCUUGGCAGGCAAGGAUAUUUUAGCAAGAGCUAGAACUGGUAGCGGUAAAACUGCUGCUUAUGCCUUGCCUGUUAUUCAAAAGAUCUUGACUGCAAAAAAGGCUACAUCAAAAUUAACAUCAAUCCAUGGUUCAACGUGUGUAUUGAUCCUAGUUCCGACUCGGGAGCUAGCGCAACAAGUCACAAAACACAUAAAUGAACUUUUGAUUUAUUGCUCCAAAGAUAUCAAAGUAGUCAAUAUUGGCACCAACAUUCCUGUAGAGCUACAAAAACCUCUUCUGUUUGAAGCACCUGAUAUUGUAGUUUCCACUCCUUUCCGCGCAAUAGCACAACUCGAAGCACAAAACCUUGUUGUUCGUGAAUCGCUACAAACGUUAGUUAUCGACGAAGCUGAUCUUAUUCUAUCGUACGGCUACGAAGAAGAUAUGCAAAAAUUGUUGUCCUUUCUUCCAAAAAUCUUUCAAAGUUUGAUUAUGAGCGCAACGUUAAGCAAGGAUGUGGAAAAGCUAAAACAUUGGAUAUUAAGGAAUCCUGUCAUUUUAAAGCUCGAGGAAGAAAAAGACGAACUUGAUCUUCUUGCUCAAUAUUGUGUUUUGCUUCACCUUAUAAAAGGCAAAUGCCUCAUAUUUGUAAAUGAUAUUGACCGGUGCUAUCGGUUAAAACUUUUCCUGGAACAAUUUUCUAUAAAGAGCUGUGUGUUGAAUUCGGAACUGCCUUUGAAUUCAAGAUACCACAUAGUUGAAGAGUUUAAUAAGGGUGUCUAUGAGUAUAUUAUUGCCACGGAUGAAAAUAAUUUGAAGGGUGAAAAGGAUUCUGAUGAGGAACUAGAUAAUAAUGAUUAUGCAACAGAUAACGAUGAAGCUUCGAAGAUAGAAGAAUCAAAUCCUAAAAAGAAGAAAAGAUCCCGUAAAAACAAGCAAGACAAAGAAUACGGGGUUUCGCGUGGAAUUGACUUUGUAAAUGUCGCCGCGGUUAUCAAUUUUGAUUUCCCAACUUCUGCUAAAUCGUACACCCAUCGGAUCGGGCGAACUGCGCGUGCCAACCAAAAGGGGAUGAGCUUGAGUUUUGUCGUGCCUAAAAAAUUAGCGGGCAAAGAUAAAAAUGUGUCAUGCCCAACUGCGGAAAAUGACGAGGCAUUAUAUGCUCGUGUAGAAAAACAACAAUUGGAAGCAGGAAGGACAAUCAAACCAUACACGUUUGAUAUGAAACAGGUGGAAGGGUUCCGAUACCGUGUAGAAGAUGCUCUCAGGGCUGUGACGCGUAUUGCUAUUAGAGAAGCGCGUUUAAAAGAGGUCAAACAAGAAAUCUUAAAUUCUGAAAAACUAAAGUCUCAUUUCGAAGAUAAUCCUAAAGAUUUAAAUUUCCUUCGUCAUGAUAAACCCUUGCAUUCAACACGGGUCCAAACUCACUUGAAAGACAUUCCCACAUAUUUAAUGCCGCGUAUAAAGACUCUUCGUGUACCAACCACCACGGCUGAAGGCACUUCAUCAUCAAAUGUUGGCUAUGUGCCGUAUCACAAGACAUCAACUAAUCGAUAUCGUAAACAUAAGGGACUCAAAUUUGCCGGACAGAAACGAAAAAACGAUCCUUUAAAGACGUAUAAAACUAAGAGUGGAGAAUCGGCUGAUAUGGCAAGGAAAAAACAGAAAAGAAGCUGA